UUAUAUUUAUAUAAAUAAUAUAUUUCACUAAAAAAAAUAUUUUCGGUUAUAAUUGUUUAAAUAAAAAGUUAAAUGAUCAUUUUUUAAAAACAAAUAGAGGAGGUGACAUGGCAAAAAUAUAGUUACUCAUUGACCGAUUAUUUUCACCUACGUGAACACUCUAUGUAAGGCUUAUAUCCUCCUUUUAUUACUUGUUUGAUUUCAAUUUGAAUCAUCAUACUGGUUAUUUAUUAAUUACCAUGAAUGUACUAUAUACUUGUAUAGUAACUAAAUAUGAAAUUCUCUUUAAUCAUUAGAAAGACGUGUAAUAGAUAAAUUUUUGUAAGUAAUUCACAGGUCACAAAGUGGAAGAUCCAAUUAUAUGUAAAAAUAUAUGAAAUGAUGUAGUUUAGUUUUAACAGUUCAUAAACAUUUCGUUUCAAACUAUUCGGUCUUGAGGUUUUGAAUUUUAUAUUGGUACUAUAUUCUGAAAUUUAAUUGCCGAAAUAGCUGAUCAACCAAUCAUUAAUCAUAUUUACGGUGAAGCAGACACACUAAUGAGAUAAAAUAUUCACACUUUUAUUUUCUUUGAAAUUAGUUUUUGGUAAACUUUUCUUAUAAGCAAUGAGAAGAUUCCCAAAUUAAAAGACAGAAGGAAAGCGAAAAAGGUUUCCCUUUUAAGUCCCACUCCUCUUUUUGUUAUAUAGGAAAAAUUAUACAGAAUAAAUAUCACGUAUAAAAUGUAUUAUAUUUACAACAUCUAGAUAAAUGGUCCUCCCACCCAAUUAAAAACCCAUAAGGUAAAAUCAGAAUAUAAAACAAAACAAAAAUACAGAAAAUUCAACCACAACUUCUUCUCUCAAAACUCUCCUAAUCUCUCUUCGAGAAAAAUUCAGAUUCGAGUUUAAAUAUGUCUGGAAACUCUUCAGAACUGUUAGAUAGCUCCGGUGACGGUGGCCUAGGCGGUUCAGGCGAGGAAGAGAAAGAUAUGAAGAUGGAGAAAACCGGCGAAGUAGGUGGCGGAGGAGGAAACCGGUAGCCAAGACCGGAGACUUUGGCUCUGUUGAGAAUACGUUCGGUGAUGGAUAAAACCUUUCGUGACUCCACUCUCAAAUCUUCCUUAUGGGAAGAAAUCUCCAGGAAAAUGAUGGAGCUUGGUUACAAGAGAAGCUCAAAGAAAUGCAAAGAAAAGUUCGAGAAUGUGUACAAGUACCACAAACGUACCAAAUAUGGUCGUACCGGAAAAUCCAAAGGCAAAACUUACCGUUUUUUCGAUGAGUUAGAAGCUUUUGAGACUAUCAAUUCCUAUCCACCUGGAUCCAAGUUCCAACCCGCAAAAUCUCCGGCAGCGACCACGACCACAAGGCAAAUGUUCCAUCUGGAUGGACUUUUUCUUGGGUUCACCCCCUAGGGUGAACUUUUAGGUUCACCAACCAAUAGAAAUCAACAGGUUAGUGUGAAACCCAUCACCACAAAUCCUACAUUCCUUGCCAAGCAACCGUCUUUAAGAAUAACUUUCCCCUUUUAUGACAACAACCAUACAACUAAGGUUGAUACUGGUUUUAAACCACCUUCGAGAGACUUGUUAAACAAUGUAUCAUCGCUGAAUCUUUUUUCGAGCUCGACUUCUUCAUCUGACGAGGAAGAAGAUCAGGAAAAGAGAUCGAGGAAAAAGAGGAAAUACUGGAAAGGAUUGUUCACAAAGUUGACAAAAGAGUUGAUGGAGAAACAAGAGAAGAUGCAUAAAAGGUUCUUGAAAGCUUUGGAGAGUCGCGAGAGAGAGAGAAUCUCAAGAGAAGAAGCUUGGAGGGUCCAAGAGGUAGAGAGAAUCAACGGUGAACACGAAACACUAGUCCGUGAGAGGUCUAAUAUUGCGGCUAAAAACGUUGCAAUCAUAUCAUUCUUACAAAAAAUAUCAGGAGGACAACAACAACAACCACAUCAGCAGAAUUAUAAAGUAUCACAUAGGAAAAAAUAUCAAAGUGAACAACAUUCAGUAUCCUGUCAGGUUGUACUAGAUACAACAAUGAAGAUAGGGACUUACAAUGGCAACCAUUCAGUAUCUCCUUGUUCUUCAAGAUGGCCUAAAACUGAGGUCGAGGCCUUAAUAAGAAUAAGAAAGAAUCUUGAAGCUAACUAUCUAGAAAACGGUACUAAGGGGCCGUUAUGGGAAGAGAUCUCUGCAGAGAUGAGAAGAUUCGGAUACAAUCGAAGCCCGAAACGAUGCAAAGAGAAGUGGGAAAACAUCAACAAGUACUUCAAGAAAGUCAAAGAGAGCAACAAGAAACGACCACUUGAUUCCAAGACUUGCCCUUAUUUUCACCAGCUAGAAGCGUUGUAUAACGAGAGGAACAAAACUGGGCCACUGCCAAUAUUGCCUCUAUUGGUUACUCAACCGAGACAGUUUCUUCUUUCACAAGAAACGAAGGCUCAGUUUGAGACUAAUCAGAUGGACAAAGUUGAUAAUAAAGAAGGAGAGAGUGGGGAGGAUGAUUACGAAGAUGAAGAAGAAGAGGGCGCAGGAGACAAUUAUGAGAUAAGUGAGUUUGAGAUUGUGUUGAACAAAACAUCUUCACCUAUGGACAUUAACAAUAAUCUUUUCACCUAAGUGGUUUUGUAUAAUAUUUUCUUUUAUAUACACUUCUGUUAAACUCCACAAUGGGGUAUACAAAAAGAACAUAUAAAACAAAUGUAAGUAAAUGGCUUGAUUUCUAGUUUAUAGUAUUCCUUAAUUUCCGUGGUG